AUGGAGACCGGGAGCAAGAUGGCAGAGAAAUCGGCGGCCUCCGGCGAAAGUAGUAGCACUGAACCAAUGGAGAAAGUAGAGGCAUUGAGUGAAGACAUAAAAGCAGGUCAUGGAUCCUCGAAUGAGAACAUAGAAGAAGGGCAGGGAUCUGGUAUUGGAGAACAAAAUGAAUGCAGAAUUUGCCAGGAGGAGGAUUACCUUCACAAACUCGAAGCUCCUUGCCACUGCAACGGCACACUUAAGCCCUAUGAGGCCGGAUAUACGAUGGUGACACCCCCACCACCGCCCAGUGCUCAAACCGAAAAUGUCACUGUUGGCAUCAGCAGAGAUGGAACUUAUAUUACGAUGGAUACUGAUCAGGCGGGGCUGCAAGCUGGGCAAAGGACUGCGCAGAUAGAGGCAGCGGCAGAGUUCCUCCGCCAACAGCAUGCUAUGCUGGCUAAUGGUGGUAAAUAUUUCAAUGCAGGUGUACUAUGUCGCAUUGCAGCUGUUAUUUGCCUCACAUUUCUUGUGAUGAAAGAUAUCUACUACAUCUACGAAAAUGGAGAGGAUAGCGAUUUGCUUACUGUCUUUUGUAACCGAAGUGAAGGCGAUUUGGCAGCGGGGGAGGUCUCAGUUGCAGCGUCGCACAGUAUGACAUGA